CCACUGUCUAAAAAUUCUGCUGUAUCUGUGGAUGGCCGGUAGUCACAGUCAGAUAAGCGCUCUGCUUCGGUAUAAAGAAUGGAUGACUCCCCACAGUCCCUUCCACACGUCUCAGGACCCUCUUAGCGACUGUUGAGGACUCUCGAGGAUGGAGAGAGAAGCCAAGUACCAGCCUUUGCCGGCGGACGAUGCAUCCUAUGAAGCUGCCUCGACCGUCAAACAUGGCCAGGAUCGUCCUCGACUAACAAAGCCUCGCCGAUUCCUCUUGCUUACGACUGCUGCUCUCGCCUUGGUCGCUCUCACGUACUCACAGACUCGUCGAUACGCUCAUUUUGAUGGAGACCUAGGAUCCAAUCUCGUUCUUUCCGAGAACUUCACAGGAUCGUGUGCGUCGGCGGAUCCUAUCCCGGUGGAAGCGCCGCAUAGGAAUGUGUGGAAGAACUUGGAUGUCGAUGAGGCGACGGCGAUUCGGAACUGGGUUUGGGACGAUGAGAGAGGAUUCAAUCUGACCAGGGGAAUGCAUGCGACGGAUAUCGAUAAUUCGAUCUACCUGAUCGAGGCGUUCACCCCACCUAAGGCGGACGUUCUCAGCUAUGUUGAUGGAAACGGUGAUAUCCCUGAACGGUAUGCGAAGAUCUUCAUUCACCAUGGAGCGAGCGACAGGCCAACCAUUGGCCAAUACCUCCUCGGACCUCUCCCAUCCCCUCUUACUUCCUUCACCCUCGCUGCCUCUUCUUCUCUCACUCUCGAGCCCCUCACUCACAUCUACCACCGUCCUGAGGUUCCAUACACCGCUCGUCUCUUCCCCUCUAACAGCUCCUUGCAUUCCAAGUUCAUGGCCAAGUUGCUGAACCCUAUCCAAAACGCGACUAUGGAAUUGUUUGGCGGCAAGGCUGCGCCCUGGGAUCCGAAUACCGGCGGCGAUACGGGUGGCCCUAUUGCGCAGCCGGAGCUGCUGGUUGGGAUGUCCACGCCGUUCAGUUAUGAUGGCGAGUGGAGGAGAGCUUGGAUGCAGAUGAAGAAGAAUGUACCAGGAAGCUAUCUGAAAGCAUUGGAUAUGUACAUCUAUGCCGACUUCACCUCGUCUGAUCCGGAGGAAUGGCAUAUGAUUCGCCUUGUUUACAAUCGCCAGUCAUUCCGAUCAACCGCGGAAUUUAUGGAAGCCUUCAACAACGGCACCCUCAAGCGUAGCACUCACCCCGACGAAGACGCUAAGUCUGGUGCUGACCUCCCGGGUGAUGAGACAUGGGCCACUCGUGAGCGGAAAGGAAACAAACGUGAAUUGGAUGAACGUGCCGGACCGAAGAGUGUUUCCUUUGAUGGUCCGAGGUAUAAGGUAGAUAAGAAGGAGGGAUUCGUGAGCUGGCUUGGGUGGUCUUUCUUCGUUAACUUUGAGCGUGACAUGGGCAUGAGUCUUUGGGAUAUCAACUUCCGCGGCGAGCGUAUCAUUUACGAGCUCGCUCCCCAGGAGGCUCUCGCUGUGUACUCCGGAAGUGACCCUCAUCAGAGCAGCACAGUCUUCCUCGACCGUGGCUUCGGCAUGGCAAGUAACACUCGUGACCUCAUUCUUGGUUAUGACUGCCCUGCCGAUGCACACUUCAUCCCUGCUGCCGUCCAUACCGCCACUGGGUCUAGCAUUCGCGAACAGGCCAUAUGUGUCUUCGAACGUGAUAUCGGCAAGCCUCUCACUAGGCAUACUGGAUACCUUUUGAACGAAAUGGGGGCCGUCAGGGGCUUCGAACUGACUGUGCGCACAAUCUCCACGGUUGGCAACUACGAUUAUCUGUUCGAUUACAACUUCCACCUGGAUGGGACGAUAGAAAUCCGGUUGUCCGCUUCCGGAUACUUGCAAGGCGCAUGGUUUGACGACCCUCAGAUGGAUUACGGGACGAAAAUCCGGAAGACCUUCAUGGGUUCUCUCCACGACCACAUCAUUAACUACAAGGUCGACUUCGAUAUCAACGGCACCUCCAACUCCCUCAUGGCUGUCUCACUCGAGAACGAAGUCAUCAAGUCUGAUUUCUUCGAAGACGACUGGGGUCAAGAAGUCCACCAGCAAGCUAUCAGGAGGAGGUUGCUCAAGACAGAGGACGAGAGUUUGUUGGAUUAUCCUCAUAAUUAUGAGGGAAUGUAUAUCAUUACCAAUGAGGCCGCGAAGAACCGGUGGGGUAACUCCCGUGGAUAUGGGAUUCAUCCUGGUGUCAGCGCGAUUCAUCUGACGAACUUGGAGUCGAAGCGCACAGAGAAGAACGUCAAUUUUGCGAAGCAACACCUCGGCAUCUCGAGGAGGAAGGAUACCGAGCCUUCGUCUUCCAGCAUGUGGAACCUUAACUUGCCUGGAGACCCUCCCGUUGACUUCUACAAGUUUUUCGAUGGUGAAUCGCUUGACCAGGAGGAUCUCGUCGCCUGGGUCAAUCUCGGCAUGCACCAUAUUCCCAGGGCCGAGGAUUCGCCGAUGACUCUCACCAAUGUCGCCACCUCUGCUGUCCUCCUCACACCCUUCAACUUCAAUGACUGGGACCCCUCGAUGGAAAGCCAAAACGCCAUUAUUCUCAACGCCCCGGAACCCGGCAAAGAGUGGUCCGUUGCGGAGGGCGUCCACGUCCCUUACUGUCUUCCUUCCGAACAGCCUCCCUUCACUUACUCGGGAAUGGUCAUGUUUGAGGAGGACGGAAGUCCGGCGAAACCUGCUACUGUUCGGGAGAUGCGCUCUGAGGCUGAGAGCUACCACGCUAUCUUCGCGGAUCAGUUGUGAGCGAUGCCGGUGUAUCUUGAGGCAUUGUGGCGGGCGAGCCACAUAGGCGUACAAAGUGCGCUUUACAUUCGUACUAACUGAAGAGAGUGUUCUGCUGCUAUCAUGCGGGCUGUAGAACUAGAAAGGUAGGUUGUGCUAUAGUUAGUUCUUUUUUGUUGUAUUUACGACCUAGUUACAAUUUCUUUCUUAUGCAUGAACUUCCUUGGAACUACAAUUCGCUCACAUUUAAGUGAGAGGUUCUCGUUCGGAUUUGAUAAUAAAUAUCAGAAAAC